GGCCGGGUGUGUGGCGAGCCGGAGCCCGGAGCAGCCGCCUGGGCCGGGCGGGCCGGUUCCCCCCGUAUCCCGGAGCGCGGCGCAGGGACCCCCCCAGCCCGUCCCGCUCGGAGCGGCGGCCCCAUGGAGGGCGCGCGGCCUGGCGGGGCCCCCCCCGGGGCCGGGCCCGGCUCCUUCCCCGCGCUCUUCCCGCCGGGGCUGCACGGCAUCUACGGCGAGUGCCGCCGCCUCUACCCCGAGCAGCCCAACCCGCUGCAGGUCACCGCCAUCCUCAAGUACUGGUUGGGGGGACCAGAUCCUCUGGACUACGUUAGCAUGUACAGGAACUUGGGAAACCCAGCGUUGAAUGUUCCUGAGCACUGGCAUUAUGUCAGCUUUGGGUUAAGUGACUUGUAUGGAGACAACAGAGUUCACGAAUUUACAGGAACGGAUGGGCCAAGUGGUUUUGGAUUCGAGUUGACAUUUCGACUAAAGAGAGAAACGGGGGAGUCAGCACCACCUACGUGGCCGGCAGAGUUAAUGCAAGGCUUAGCCAGAUACGUCUUCCAGUCAGAAAAUACCUUCUGUAGUGGUGACCAUGUAUCAUGGCACAGUCCUUUGGACAACAGUGAAUCCAGAAUCCAGCAUAUGUUGCUGACUGAAGAUCCUCAAAUGCAACCAGUACAGACCCCUUUUGGGGUUGUUAAUUUCCUACAGAUCGUUGGGGUUUGCACUGAGGAGCUGCAUGCAGCACAGCAGUGGAACGGACAGGGGAUCUUGGAGCUGCUUCGGACUGUGCCCGUUGCUGGAGGCCUGUGGCUGAUAACAGAUAUGCGAAGAGGAGAGACCAUAUUUGAGAUUGAUCCUCAUCUGCAACAGGAGAGAGUCGAUAAAGGGAUUGAGACAGAUGGUUCGAACCUGAGUGGAGUGAGCGCCAAAUGUGCCUGGGAUGAUCUGAGCCGGCCCCCAGAGGAUGACGAAGAUAGUAGAAGCAUUUGCAUUGGAACGCAGCCACGACGGCUGUCUGGGAAAGAUACAGAGCAAAUCAGGGAGACUUUGCGGAGAGGGCUUGAGAUUAACAGCAAACCGGUUCUACCUCCAAUAAACGCCCAAAGACAGAAUGGGUUGAACUAUGAUCGAGCACCAAGCCGUAAGGAUAGUUUAGAGAGUGAGAGCUCAGCAGCUAUCAUUCCUCAUGAGCUAAUCCGCACAAGACAGCUUGAGAGCGUGCACCUGAAAUUCAACCAGGAGUCUGGAGCACUGAUUCCACUUUGUCUAAGGGGCAGGCUGUUACAUGGACGGCACUUUACAUAUAAAAGUAUUACAGGGGAUACAGCAAUCACAUUUGUAUCGACAGGAGUAGAAGGAGCCUUUGCUACAGAGGAGCAUCCUUAUGCAGCACAUGGGCCUUGGUUACAAAUCCUGUUGACUGAAGAGUUCGUGGAAAGAAUGCUGGAAGACUUAGAAGAUCUGACUUCUCCAGAGGAAUUUAAACUUCCAAAAGAGUACAGCUGGCCUGAAAAGAAACUGAAAGUCUCCAUCUUACCAGAUGCUGUGUUUGACAACCCUCUGCAUUAGAGCCGAAUUACACCCUUCUGACAUCUGGGAGAGCCGAGUGACUGUACAUUGCUCAGUGACUCACAGGAUAAUUAAUGCAGUAAGAACUAGGCCUUCAAAUAAAGGAGAUUGCUGCACAACCGCUGCAAACAGAAGAGGAGUUACACAACACCAACCCAGACAGAACUGGACAGUGCUGGUCCCUUUCUUCCCAUCCUUUCCUGGGCUGAGCUCUCCAGGAACAGCCUGCGUGUGUUUGAGUGCAAGUGAGAAAUAUUUAACUAUGAAAAGUAGUGGUAAGAAUUUUUUCCCUGUUCUAGCUGGGGCUACAAAUAUACCUGCAGUCUUCGCCCAGGGUGUCGAUACCUUGUACGCCUUUAUUUACAUACGCGCUCUGCCAGGUGCAAGCACAUGGAUUAAAUGUUCUCUACGUGACUUUAGAAUCCUUUUGGUUAGCCAAACUUUUACUGACUGCAGAACUGUUCCUCCAGGGGCUGUUUUGUCUUUUCAGAAACAGAAUGGUGUUAACGAGGCCAGAAGCUCGCAUGCUUCAUUUAAAUCAAGUUUAGUCAAAAAACAAACUGAAACCCUCCCUGCUGCUAGAAUUAGGAAAGGUCUGAGCAUUGAGCUCAGUCUGAUUAGCUCUGGUAUCGCUGCAAACAGAGGGAACUUUCUUCUUGCACAUCCUGUCCUAGUGUAUGAAUGUAUGCAUGAGCCCCAGAGAAGGUUGUGACCUCUGCUUUUGCACGAGCAGGAGGAAGAGAGACUACUGGGGCAGAGGAGGAGAUCUCCUGUUUACAGAAUGUUUAUCUUUCAAGGGAUGCUGUCAAGUACUUCUUCCUUGCUAUUGUACAGAAUCCCUUUGAAUCCUAGAAGUGGGAAAGGACCUGUGUGUUCAGAGGGGCCACGCUCCAGGAACCAGGGGGCUGCUCUAAAUUGUCCACCCUCCCCAUCAACAGAGAGCAGCCACCAGCGGAGUCCUGGAAGAAAGCCCUACCUACACCACAAAACAAACCCUGCUGGGGACUCGCUUACAGCACAGUUGUCCUUAGCGCAGUUCCAUCUUACCAGACUCUAACUACCUGCUGCUUUUUCUUGGUGCACAUGGGACCGUAGCCAUGUGUUAAGGCCUUAAACCUUGCUUUAACGAUUGGGGGACGAGCAGGCUGUAACCAGCCCCCCUCCCCCCCCAGCUGUAUUGUAGUAUAAGCUUCAGGCUCUGCUUCCAACAUGCAACUCCCUCUUGGUCCCAGCGGCCUCCCUUAGACCAAGAUGGAGCAUGCGUGCUGAGAGCUUUUGUCUCUGCAGGUUGCAUCCUGGUACCAAAGAGCAGGCUGUUGGUGGGUGCAUUACAGAUGGGCUGCAGGCUACCCUAUGCUUGAGUCCUUCCCCUGCCAAUCCUGGAUUGUUCUCUAAAGCAGAUUCACACUGGAAUACAGUCACUUCUAAUUCUGUGGGUGCAGAUUUCUCCCCCACCCUUUUUCACUCACAAGCUAACAUGGCUGUUUCUUCAUCUCUGGUUGUACAUAAUACAGUGGUCUUAACAUGGCUGUGGCAACAACUUUUAACAACUGACUGCCUUUGAUCAAACCACAAUGGCUAAAACUGGCCCAUACCUCACAGAAGCUGGUGGUGGUGGUUGUCUUAAUUUCUUCCCAACAAACUGGGAUUUUGUCAACAUUUUUAAAAUAUAUUUUGGAGCUGGUUGCUGUUGGAUGUAUAGUCCUGUGGUGGAGGCCUGUAUCUAGGAGCCGAGGGGUCUGGCUCUGCUCUGGAUUUCCUGUGUGAGUGUAGGCAAAUCACUUCACUUCCUCCUCUGCAAAUGAGGAUAAUAUUCCUGGGGGGUUUGGGAUGCCUAGACCAUUAGCAUCUGUGAAGUGGACCAAGAUUCUCAGAGGGAGGUACAAGUACCAUUAUUUUUAUCAUUAUUUAAGUCAAGCCAAAUCCAGAUCCUACGUUGCUUAUCCGCUUCCUUUUUACAAAGCUAUGAAAGCAAUUUAGAUGUAAAUGAGUCUGUAAUUUUGUCUGAAUUCAAAGGGUCAUCUUGAAAUCAUAUUUUUAAAGAGCAGCGUUUCAAAUCUCAGGGCCAGUCAGAGUGAUUUUUGUGUUGUGGCAGUCUGCAUUUAUCCAGGAGAAUCUUGGGCUGGCUUUCAGCGUCCCAUUUAGUAUGAAAUGUGUACGCGGUGGCGGUUUGUUCUGUUCCUUAACAUUUGUGGGAGCUGUAGAUGCAUUUCCAGGGGCCAGUGGACUAGAGAGAGACUGAAAAUUGACAUGCAAAUCUACCAACCCAGGCACAAAAUAGACUCCCCUCCCCACCUCACUGUGAAGAAAUAGUGGCAUCAUACCAAUCAGAAAAGAGGGAAAGUGGACAAUGAAGACUUUGCCUUAAAUCCACAGAUUUCAAAAAGUGGUCCAUGAACCAUUGUAGAAUGGCAAACACUUGCCCGUGGUGUUUGGAGAGCUGGCUGAUUGCCACAGGGCUGGCUCCUCCUCCUUCUUUCCAGCUGCAAAGUCUCAUUAAGAGAAGCUGAAAGAACAGGACUUUCCUAGGGUGAUUUGUCCAUGUCAGCAAUUGCUGCUGUUCCCAUAGAAGUCACAAAGGGGCAGAGACCAGGAGGCCAUCUCUGAGUUCUGUGUCUCUGCCCUAACUCAAAUUGAGACUCUUUGAAACCUUUCCACGAGACACGUGAGCGAGUCCUGGACUGUAGGUAAAAUACCUUCUCUCUGCAGGAUUUUCCAAAUCUGCCUCUCCCACGUUUGUUCUUCCGUUCUGCAUUCAUGCCUGUUUGAUGCUGUGGGUUGGAUGUUCGUUGGCUUCAGAGGGGGAUAGGAAGGGAGCACACUGAGGCUUGGCCUACACUACAUGGUUAGGUCAAUGUAAGCUGCCUUGUGUCAACCUAGCUGUGGAAGUGUUUUCUGUCCAGUUUGGCUCCUGACGACGUAAGUGCCUGUCUGCACCCAUUUAGUAAUGCCACCUCCCCAAGCAGGGUAGCGUCACAGUCAAUGUAAUUAGGUUGACCUAAUGUCAGUGUACACACUAUGUUGCUUAUGUCGACUGUUAUUGGCUUUCAGAAGCCAUCCUGCAAUGGCCAACGCUGACAAUACAAUCUAUACAGGCACUCCUGGGGAGGAUGUGUGCUGCCAACACAAGGAGCCAAGUGCACGAGCGAUUUAAUAACUCCGGUGGCUGUAUGUCGUAAAAAAUUAGGUUGACAUAAUUUUGUAGUGUAGACGUGACCUGAGUGCUUUGGAAAUCCCAGCUGUUAUCCAUGUGUUUUUGUUUAUAUGUCAUGUAUUUAUAUACAGUCAUCAGUAUUUGAGUUAUGAACAGUUGGCAAGAUAGGUACCUUUUAUUUGUAAGACACUUUUUCACAAACCCUAUUCUUAAAGCCUUGCAGGCUGCCAGAUUACAGUUUGUGUCAAGGAAAGGAAGUCAGGUCUUCCUAAUUAGUUUAGCAAGUAAAAUAAAUAAAAAACCAAUUAAAUAAAUCAUUGCUAAAAUAGCAAUCUCCGGCCUAUUACCAGCCUCUCUGCAAGGGAUUCACUGGUGAAAGGAAACCUUUUGACUCUGUCCCACUCCUGUCUCCAUUCUUUUAGAACAAGAAAGUUGCACAUUAAUCAAUAUUUAGAGAACUCGUCUCCCGUAACAUUUUUCCCCGCAUGCAGUUGAAGUUUGCAGUCGUGCCGAAGACUAUUCAGUUGGCAGCUAAACGAGAUCUUGAGUUUUGAUACUUUUCUAGUUGUUUUUGUCUUGGGCGGGGGGAGGAGGGGUGACAUGUAAAAAAGAGAACUUUUGAAUAUAUAUAUAUUUUUAAAUGAGUAAAUGGCUUGAAAAGGGAAAUACAUAAGUGUUAAUUCCAAGGUGGUUUUCCAGGCCAGUCUUGCUGAGAAUGGCAGUUCCACUCAUGCUGCUUUUAGAUUUGUUCAGGCUGGCGGAGAUUUGAACAGGGAUUAUACAAAAACACAAGCCAUGCAAUUUGUGUUGGCUGGAAGCUGCGGUCUGAAUGUAAAUUGUACUUUAAAAGAAGUAUGUAGAGGUUUCUCUUCCCACUACUCCCCCAAAAAGAGAGAAAUCUCCCAAUGCAGAUAGAUAGGAAUACUUCCUUAUGGCAGACCUGUGAUGACUUGAAAGUCUAUCAUGGGGACAGCCACCUUCAAACAAGAGCUGUAAACACUCUUCCCCUCACACACUGUUUAAAAAAAAGUUACAGUAUUAAAGAAACUAAGCUCUCAGCAAACCAGAGAGCCCUUGCAACUGGUGUGACCUAUUGUAAUAUUUUCUGUGGCUUAGAUCUAGGAUAUCUGCUGUGUAAUGGCUUUGAGAACAGUGGUAGGUUGGUUUGAUUGUACACAGAUUUGCCAAGAAUGAUUUGAGAUAACAUGCUAAAGCCCUACAUUUUAAAUAAUCUGUAGCCCCUGAAUGGUCACAGGGUACAUGAUUGUCUUUGAGGAAAUAAACUUUUUUUUUUCUUACAAAACUUGAUACCAGUAGAAGUACUAGAGGAUGGAAUUUAAACAUCGUAAUGAAUUGAUGCAUAGUUUGUUAGACAUUGACCUGCAGUGUCCGUGACCCAAGUGUUGCAAAUUGCGCUAUUGCAAGCAAACCUGGCGGUGAAAUUCACUAAAACGAAAGUGAAUCUGACUUAGGACCCAGUUCUGCGAAGGGAUUCGUGUGAGCAAAUCCUCCUUCCAAUGCUCAGUCCUGCUGACGUGAGUGAGGCACACAGGAUCUGCUCACAUGGAAACUGGCCCUCGGUCCAUGCUGAUUGUCCGCGCAAAGCGUAACCACUUGACAUAAACAGCAAGUUGAGAAUGUUUUAAAUCUACAAUAGUGUCAUUUAUAAUAGAGAGAGCGAAAGGUCAUAUUUGUUUUCUCUGACAUUGUCCACAAAUGGCUGUCUUGUUAGCAAAUGGAAGGUGAAAUUAUGACGUGGCUGCUUCUUAUUCUGUUUUAAUCAUUAACAGUUUACAGAAGUUACUGCUGCUUCUCUCUCAAUCCCCUUGUGUGACUUUAAUUGAAUGAGCUGCGUUAUCAUUACUCAUGUGCUGUGCAUUUACCAGACUAGUCAGCAGCACCUCCAAGGAAAACGCUUUCAGACGCUCCAUCUAGAAAAACAUGGCUGCUGCUCACAUUUUUCUCCGGUGGUGGGCACGAGCGACGUCUUCUCUUCCUUCUCUCUGGCCUUUUUAUUACUACGAAAGGCCUAUGUGGAAAAGGAAUCUUUGUUGCUUAACAGCUCGUCCUGCACCUGCUGGUUAUUGCACCUGCUGGUUAUUCCUGCCUCACAUGUUCACGUCCAAAGUCGUAACCCCAGUUUUGUUGCCUUGUAACUAGCUGCUAGCAAGGAUUGCUCUUGCAACUUCAGGGGGCGGGAAAUAGUACAGGCUGUUAGGUCAUCUAGCCCAAGGGUGGCCAGCCUGAGUCUGAGAAGGAGCCAGAAUUUACCAGUGUACAUUGCCACAGAGCCACAGUCAUACAUCAGCAGCCCCGCCGCUCCCAGCAUCUCCCACACACUGGCAGCCCCACCAAUCAGCACCUGCCCCUCCCUCCCCACACCUCCCAUGCAGAGGUGAAAGUAAGCUGGUGCACCCCGGUGCGUCGUACCGGCAAGAGCCAGUGCACUGUACCAGGGCAGCCCGGCUUCCCCAGGCGGCAAUUUAAAGGGCCUGGGGCUCCCAGCAGCGACUGGAGCCCCAAGCCUCUUUAAUUGCUGCCAGAGCCCCACUACUGGAGCCCUGGGGUAGCGGCAGCGAGGCUCCAGGGGUUAUUUAAAGGGUCGGGGCUCCCACUGCUUCUACUGCCCUGGGCCCUUUAAAGAGCCCCCAGAGUCCUGCUGCUGGUACCCCAGGGCUCUGGGGGCUCUUUAAAGGGCCAGGGCGGUAGAAGCAGGGGAGUCCUGUGGACCCUUUAAAUAGUCCCCAGAGCACUGCUGCCGGAGCCCUGGGGUAGCAGCGGCAGCCGGGGGCAUCGGCAGUGGUUUAAAGGGCCUGGGGCGGUACGGGCGGCUGAGCCUUGGGCCCUUUAAACUGCUGCUGGAGCCCCCGGCUGCUGCUGCUGCUGCUACCCCAGCGGGGGAGGAGAGGGCACUUACUGGUACAGAACAGGCUGGAGCUGGCUCUGACCCCUCCCCCCCAUCCCCACCCCUUCUGGGGGCCAGAGCCGGCCCCAACCCAGCCCCAUACUGGUAAGUCCCUAUUUCUACUUUCACUCCUGCUCCCGUGGCAUGCAGGAGGCUUGGGGGGAGGAGCAAGGGCACGGCAGGGUCAGGGUCAGGGGCGGAAAGGGGUGGAGUGGUGGCAGGACCCGUGGCAGAGCCGGGUGUUGAGCAGUGAGUCCCCCCCCUUCCUCCCAGCACACUGGAAAGUUGGCGCCUGUCACUCCAGCCCCAGAGUCGGUGCCUGUACAAGGAACCACGUAUUAACUUCUGAAGAGCCGCACGUGGCUCCAGGGCCAUAGGUUGCCACCCUUGCUCUAGUCUGCCUUCAUGUAUAACCCAGGCCACAGAAUUUCACCCAGUCACCCAUGCACUGAGCCCAAUAACCUGAAUUUGUCUAAAGCAUCUUUUAGCCGGAUGACAUUAGAUGGAGAAUCCGCUCUUUCCCUUGGUAGAUUUUGCAAUGGCUAAUCACCCUCACUUGUAUAUAAAAUGCACCUUAUUUCUAGUUUGUUAAACGACAGGAGCAGACUAAUUGUUAAGCAGCAGAGAUCUCCCUGCUUAAUAAAAGCAAGGGACGUGAGGGAUGAGUGGUGAGCAAAUGUUUGAACAGGAAUCUAUCCGGAUUGCAUGUUUUUGUUCCGAGUCAUCAUGUCCUAACAUUUUAAGCCUAAUUUAGGUCUCUGAUACUAUUGCAGUUUCCAGCGAGAUCUGUAGCAGCUUGUUAUUUUUGUGACACUUCCAUAGCAUAAUGGGAUAUGCUCGUUCUUUCCUUUUUUGGAAAGCUUCCGUUCCGUGCGAGUCCAAAAUUUCAAACCGAGAAUAAGCCUGUGGCAGGCGGUGUGUUUUAAACCGAGCCCCCAUAUUGACCUGUAUCUCUCAGGCAAUUAACCUGUUGUGUAAUACACGUCACCACUUAUUCAUUUCUAGUACCAUUCUAUUUCGCCUAAAAUUGCUCACAGACCAUAAAAUCAUAAAAAGUGGCAUAUUAGUUUAGAAAUGUCAUUUCAAGUCUGCCAUAAAGGUGCCUAUUUCCUUCCCUCCAUGAGAUAAUGGGAGAUGGUAAAAGUGUUAAAUAAUCUUCUGUGCCUCAUUAUUCACGGUUGAAAUUUUAGGUCCCUGAUAACUGUUACACAAAUAUAGAAAUCACUAUGUGGUAGAUGGUAAAAGGACACUGUCAAAUGCUUUUUUAUUUUUUAAAUGACUUAAAUAAUUUUUUCUCCUUUUUUUUUUUCAACACCCUCUUAAAAGCAGGAGUAAAAUUUCCUUUGUCGCUGAUUGUUCUAUUUUGCAAACAUUGAUUUUUUUUUUUUCCCUUCUCUGCACUUCUCUGCUAAGGGGGCUGUUAAAGCAACAUGGUUUUUGUUCUCUUCCCCAAGGCCCAACUACAGCACGGCUCUGUAAAUGCUCUUCUGCAGAGCCAGUGGAGGGGGCAAAACGUUGCCUCGAUGAAGGUCCUACAUAAAGAGUUGUGGCUGUUGGUUGUUUCUUGACAGUGGAGUGGUUUAGAAUCCAGGGAAUAUUCCACAGUAUAAUAGUCUCUUGGUACCAGUAGGUCCAGAUUAGGUCCAAGGUGACUUUGCCGGUUUCCUCUGUAACAACAUACAGAAUUUCAAGAUACCACCUGCCUUACAGAAUGUCAAGCCCACUGGGGACAGAAGACAGGGGAAGUGAGUUUAAACGACUGUGUCCUUCAAGCAGUGACUGAUCACAGAAUCUGAGGAUUUUGUCCUUUUGCCUUUCCUUGAAGCAGCAAUUUACAGCUCAAUGGCACCAGACUGUUUCCUGUGCUUAGGAACCUGCCAUUUCAAAUGCAGGAUUCUUAACUGGCCCAAAUGCAUUCAAAUCCAGCUCCCACCCUCCCUUAAAGUCCCUGUGGGCUUGGAUUCAGCUGUAGUCAGAAGCAGAGGAGGAGAUGUUUAAAGGAAUGAUUAGCCAUAUUCACAACGAAGGGAUUUACUUGCUUUUUCAAAACUCUUUUAUAUCCACAGGGCCAGGGUUGGGUACCAAGUCCUUUUCCUUACCUAUAAAUAUUUUUGUAAAGAGAUAGAGCUUUUGUUUCUGUUGUUGACGACACUAACUGUUGGAAGGCUGUUGAGCUGGAUAACCUAGGAGAAAAUAAGCAUUUAUCUGUGAGUUACAUAAAAUGGACAGAACCCUGACUGCUGUGGUUGCUUUUGCAGCCAUCAGCAGAGGUGAGCAUUUCUGUAGUUCAUCUGUUUUCUUUUUUGCGUGCGUUUGUGUGUAUUUUUCUUAUUAGAAUUCUAAGGACACUACAGAAUCGAUCUGCAAGGAGCCUGGGUUCCUGCAGUCAGUCUGUCAGUAUUUUGUAGUUGGACUUUUUUUAACCAAAAAAAAAAAAAAAAUUAAAAAUGGAAAGCUAAGCUAGCAGAGGUUUUUAAAUAUUUUAUAUUAGUUCCUAAUGUAAAUUCUUACUUUGUUAUUGGAGUGCCAGUGCAGUCCACCUGCACGUGACUUUUGUAAUAUUUUUGUGAAUCACUAAACAUUUUUUCUCACGUGUAUUCUAAGUGCAUUAAACAUAUUGGCAUAA